GGCAAGUUGGAUGAAGUAUAGAGUAUUAAUUGUUGUUAAUAUUUUCCACUAUAAAAAGAAGCAAAGACACGUGACUAAGACGCAGCUAUUCGAACAUAACCCUAUCUAUCUAGGGCUUCUUCUUCUUCAAUCCAAUUUCAAUUUCAAUUUCAAUUCCAAUGGCUGACGAAUCCCAAUACGAAACAACUCCACCCUCCUUGAAACGCAAGUACGAUGAACAACCUCCUCACUCUCGACCCACCGGUUUCUCCGACGGACCUCCUCCUCCUUCAUACAACAACGUUCCUCCCCCUUCCACCACCGAUUUCGAACUCAUCAAACAACGCGCUCAAGAAGUCGCCGCUCGUCUUCUCAGCGGCGCCCCUCCCCCAUCAGAUAUCACCAAACGUCCCAAAAUCGAUAACGGCGUUUCCUCCCCUUACGAUUCCACCGAUUUGAAGAAUCAAUAUUCAGCCCCUUCGAGUAUACCUUCGUACACGCAUCAAGGUUCGAGCAAAAAGAUUGAAAUCCCUAAUGGGAGGGUUGGUGUUAUUAUUGGAAAAAGUGGAGAAACCAUCAAGUACCUUCAGUUACAGUCUGGUGCUAAAAUCCAAGUUACUCGUGACAUGGAUGCUGACCCUAAUUCACCUAAUAGGUUAGUUGAGCUUACUGGUACUCCUGAUGCCAUUGCUACUGCUGAGAAACUCAUCAAUGAAGUUCUUGCUGAGGCUGAAUCUGGAGGUUCUGGCCUUGUUACUCGACGAGUGGCUGGACAAGGUGGGUCUGAUGAGUUUGUGAUGAAGAUUCCAAAUAACAAGGUUGGCCUCAUAAUUGGUAAAGGCGGAGAAACAAUAAAGAGUAUGCAAGCUACAACUGGAGCGAGAAUUCAGGUGAUUCCUCUUCAUCUUCCCCCAGGCGACACAUCCACAGAAAGAACAUUAAAAAUUGAAGGGACAUCUGAACAAAUUGAAUCUGCAAAACAAAUUGUUAAUUCAGUCAUAAGUGGCGAGAAUCGUCCUAGAAAUCCAUCAAUGUCUGGUGGUUAUUCUCAGCAAGGUUACCAAGCUCGGGGGCCCUCCAGCUGGGCUCCCCCUGCUGCUCAACAACCUGGAUAUGGCUAUGUACAGCCUGGAGCAUACUCUGGUCCGUCGCCCCAGUACAAUAUGCCUCAGCAACAAUAUGCUGGCUAUCCUCCUCAGUCAGCUGGUGGGUAUUCUACCAAUUGGGACCAGUCCACUGCAACUACCCAGCAGCAGUCUGCUCAUGCGGGGUAUGAUUAUUAUAAUCAACAGCCUCAGCAACAGCAGAAUUCUGGUGGUCCUGCACCUCCAGCUGAUGGUACUGCUUAUAAUUAUAGUCAACCACCUUCCUCUGGUUAUAACCAAUCGGGACAAGGCUAUGCUCAGGACAGCUAUGGUGUGUAUCAACAAGCACCACAAUCCGGGUAUGGUCAGCCACCAUCAUAUGAUCAGCAGCAAGCUUAUGGCUCGGCACCAAGUUAUGGUUCAGCACAAGAGGGCCAAGCUCCCAACUAUGGAUCACAAGGGGAUUCAUCCCAAGCUCCACCUGUCCAACCUUCACAACAAGGUUAUGGUAGCAGCCAACAGCCUAGCCCAAAUGCUUCCAACUAUCCACCACAAGCUGCUACUCAGCCAGGUUAUGGGGUGCCCCCAACCUCCCAAGCUGCUUACGGCAAUCAACCUCAAUCCGGUUAUGGAGCUGGAUAUGGAGCCCCUCAAGCUCAAAAGCCAAGUGGCACUCCACCUCCAUAUGGACAAUCACAGUCCCCUAAUGCAGCAGCAGCAGGUUAUGGUCAACCAGGGUAUCCUUCUUCCCAGCCCCCACCUUCUGGAUAUUCCCAAUCCGAAACAGGCACUCAAAGAGCACCAUCAUCUGGUUAUGGCGGUGCAGUUCAACCAGGGUAUGGUCCUCCAUCAUAUGGUGCUCCAGCAGGCAGUCAAGCCGGUUAUGGUCAGGCUCCAUCCUCAUAUAGCAGCAGUUCCUAUGGUGCUGGUUAUCCUCAGGCCCCAGCAUAUGCUGCUGAUGGUAAUGCAAGUGGGAAUACUCGUGCUAGCUAUGAUGCAGCACCUGCACAGGGUAGUGUUGCUAAGUCACCUCAAAGCUGAUAUAUUUGUCUCUGUUAAUUUUGGAUUAUGGAUUUCUGAAUGGAUGCUUUACUGUAUUUUCUGAUGUAUUAAUGACAUCUGUCUAGCUUUUUGCAUCGUUGAGAUGGAAACAUUCCCGUGUUACAAUUAGUUUUUAAUGAAUUCUGAUAAAUUAUUGAGUUUGCA